AUGAAUGAAUUUCUUAUUGCUCAUUGUGAAUCCCUGGUAUUGCAAGGUUUGGAGGAGAUGAAGGAGGAACUCCGUGUUAAAUAUGAUGAAGAUGUUGGUGCGAGUUUGCAGACAUAUUCUACUUUAAUAUGUGACAUGGAAAGAAGAGGUGAGCCAGCUUCAGGUGCCCGCGCAAGUAUUCUCAGGCAGGAUUAUUUACCAGAGGGCACAGUCAGUCAAGCCCGAGCAGCAGAUGUCCCUGGGCCUACUGACACAUCAUCUGUAUCUCCAUCUUAUGGUCAAAAUCUAGGAAGAAAAAGGAAAAUGAAAAUGUACAACAAAUCCUCAACAACUCCUGCUUCCAAUUCCACUGAAAGAGAUACAAUUUCAAGAGAUCCAUUGGCUAUGAGGAUGAGAGAAGAUCAAAUUAAGCAAAUAUGGGGUGGAGAUUCGGUUUAUCCAACAGUGAAUUAUAUCCAAGAUCCAGAUCAAGUGAUUGAUUUCAGAGGUCCUGAUUUUCAUGAACCUACACCUAAUAUUUUAGCUUAUUUGCAAGAGAAUGGGAAUACAACAUCAAAGGAGGAAAUUGAUAAAAUAUUGGCCUCAGAGAAGGUUAAAAAAGUAAAGGAUAGUGAUGAUGAGGGAAAAUUUGAGGACGAUGAAAAUAUUACACGCAAUUGGAGUGUAUGGAAAACUACUCCCGAGCUUCGCAAAUCAAAGGUUAAAGAAACACGAGACAUACAGUGA